CUGGAAGCGCGACAGCGCCAAUAAAAAUCGUCGCAGGACAUCUACCACCCCCCCACACACACUGCCCAUUACUGUGGACAGAGAAAUGGUGCACACAGAUUUAUUCGAAUAUGUGUUAUGUCCGAGAAACGUUCAUAUGUUGGUAGAGAGGUAAAUGGAUACCAGCAAUGAUGAACAAGUUUGGAUCAAUGCAUCUCUGUAUAUUUCUCGUUCACGCGGCGAUUUUCUUCAGGUUUACUGCUUAUGGUGUUUUCUGUACCAGUUCAACAAGGACAGAGCUGGGUAAUAGGAAUGAGAAGAAGUGGUUCAACAUAUCAGCUCGGCCAUCUAUGAGCAAAUCAGGCUCAGCUCCAGUUCGUAGUAGAAGCUUCUCACAGCUAUCAUUUUCCAAAUCUGUAUAUUCCUUUGAAGUGAUGGAAGACACACCCCCUGGAACAAUUGUGGGACAUGUGGAGGCAGUAUACAGUAAAGAGAAUGAAACCUCAGUGUACUCUGUUCAGGAGGAUGAUGGUGAUGGCCUCUUUCUUCUCAAUCCACAUUCCGGUGAAUUCCUCCUGUCCCGCGCUCUGGAUUUUGAGUUGGAACGCUACUACAUCCUGACUGCUGCAGCUCAGCAGGGAGACAGUGAGCUCAGUAGGGUCAGAGUGUACUUCAAUGUGAUCGAUGUCAAUGACAACCCACCAGUGUUCGACCAGAAAGCCUUUUCUGCCUCUUUACCAGAAGAUUCACCUGUUGGAAUGUGCUUCCUAAGUCUGAAUGUUUCAGAUCCAGAUGAGGGUAUUAAUGGAGAAGUGUAUUUAGUGGUGACAUCUGGAAAUCUUGAGAGUAAGUUCUCUAUAAACCAGCAGGGAGCUUUGUGUCUGCGAGGGCAGUUAGACAGAGAGACAAACGCAAUGUAUAGUCUCAUUGUCCAGGCCAAUGAUCUUGCUCUACCCACAGAGGCUCGACUCACAUCCUCAGUGCAUGUUACCGUCUAUCUUCUGGAUGUCAAUGACAACUCCCCGCUCAUCACAACACCCAGUACAAUUCGUCUUCCAGAGAAUGCACCUCUUCGUUCUGUUGUUACGGUCAUACAGGCAAUAGAUGCUGAUGCUGGAUCCAAUGCUGAAGUUGUUUUCAUUUUUGAGAGUGCAGAAGAAGAACCGUUCAGUAUAAAUAGUUCAACUGGGGUUGUGUACCUGCAGAAGCCAUUGGACAGGGAAACCGAGGAUGUUAUCACAGUCAAAUUGAAAGUCAAAGACAAAGGUGUACCUCCGUUGUUCAGUUCAUUGAACCUCACAGUGCUAAUUGAGGAUGUGAAUGACCACAAUCCAGAGUUCAUUCAAAGCUCUUACAGCCUUUCAGUGUAUGAGGAUGUACCUCGCGGAACAAGCCUGCUCAGAAUCAACGCAAGUGAUCAAGACAUUGGGUCGAACGGGCAGGUGCGGUUCUCUGUCUCAGAGAGUGGGUUCAUGAUAGACUCUGUUCUAGGCGUUGUCUCAGUGAUAGACAAGAUGGACCGUGAGAAGAAGCCUUUCUAUAGUUUUUCAGUCCUAGCAGAAGACCUAGGAGAUGUUCAAAGGUCUGCCACGGCAACCAUCAACUUCACAGUCCUAGACGUUAAUGAUUGCGUGCCUAUUUUUUCAUCUGAAUCACUUACAUUACAUGUCUUCGAAAAUGGGGAAGACACUUCUCAGCACAUCCACCAGAUAUAUGCGACUGAUGAAGACUUGGGAGUUAACGGUCAGCUGACAUAUUCUUUAGAAUCAGGAAAUAAUGAGAGUAUCUUCUCACUUAGUUCCAAUGGAACGUUCCAAAUCUUACAAGAUCUUGAUAGGGAAGUGAAAAGCCAUCACAUGUUGAAAGUUAUUGCGUUUGAUUCAGGAUUCCCAUCACUGACAAGCACAGGCACCAUGGUUAUUGUUGUUGAUGAUGUCAAUGACAACGUUCCAGUAUUUGACAAUGACACGUUCAAUACUCACAUAUCAGAGGAUUCUCCUGUUGGGAUGGUUUUUUGGAGAAUUACAGCUUCAGACUUAGACGAGGGGAUAAAUGGACAACUAAAAUAUUCUUUAGAAGGCCUAGAUGUUCCUUUUUCCAUCAAUGAAACAUCUGGAGAUUUAUUUACCGUAAGUUCCUUGGACAGAGAGGCAGUGGCUUUGUACAGAUUUUUUGUGACCGCAACUGACGGUCAUCCCACGAAGCCUCUUUCAAGCUCAGCUGCUGUUUCAGUAAAAGUUCAGGAUGUGAAUGAUAACUUUCCGUCCUUUCUUUAUGGACCAUAUGUCGCCAAUGUUCCUGCUGGGAUAACCAAAGGAUCAGUUGUCAGCACAGUGAUGGCAGAGGAUGCAGAUGCUGGAUUGAAUGCAAAACUACAUUUUUCUCUACAUGGCCAACAGGCCCAUCUCUUCUCAAUUAACCCUAGCACAGGAACUGUGUUCACUACAGAUUCUGUGAAGAGAAGAAAUGACAUCACAUUUGAUGUUCAUGUGCAGGAUGGAGCAGAUAUGCCAAAAAUGGACAUAACAACUUUGACUGUCAGAUUCCAGAAUGACUCCUACUUUCCUCGAAUUGCAGUCCAAUUACAUAAAUACGUCCUCUCCGAGGACGCAGCUACUGGCACCCUUGUGGCUACUGUGGCUGCAGAAACAUGGAGAAACAUAUCAGUGUCUUUCUAUCUGGCCUCUGGAAACUUUGGGGAAGUUUUUGAGCUUCACCACAGCACUGGUGAACUGACUGUCAAGUAUCCAUUAGAUUUUGAAACCAACAGGCAUUUUCAUCUCACAGUUGAAGCCAGGGACUCAGGGAUACCGCCAUUUUCAUCAUAUGCCGAACUUCAUUUGAAUGUCAGUGACGUGAAUGAUAAUCCACCAGUGUUCUUGCAAAGCAUCUACAGAUGUGAAGUCUAUGAGAACUUGGCUUCAAGUUGGGUGUGUAAUGUGUUAGCAACCGAUGCAGAUUCUGGAGUGUUUGCAGAGGUGGAGUACUUCAUUUUAGCGGGUAACAGCGGAGGCGCAUUUAAAAUAGACAAAAAUCGUGGCAGUCUUUCCACAACAAAGCGUUUAGAUCGAGAAAAAUUACCAUAUUAUAAUCUCACCCUCAAGGCCGUUGAUAAAGAAAACAACAGUCUUUCGGCCAUUGCAGCAGUUAUCAUUGAAGUUCUCGACACAAAUGAUCAUGCGCCCCGCUUCUCACAGAUUUUCAUCACAGAGGUUCCUGAAGACGCCCCUGUGGGCUUUUCAGUCAUUCAGAUAACUGCUACAGAUGAAGAUGUUGGUUUAAAUGCUGUCAUUGAAUAUACAAUCAUCGGCCAUUAUAGUGAGUUCCCAUUCAGUAUUGAUAAAACCACUGGGACUUUACUGGUACUGCUUCCUUUGGACAGAGAAGAUCAGGAUCAUUACAUAGUGAAGGUUAAUGCCAACGAUUCUGCUUGGAGCAUUAGCACAGACAUCACCAUAGACAUUACAGAUAUCAACGACAAUACACCGAUCUUCUAUCAACCACUCUACUCUGUCACUGUCCCUGAGAUGAAGAGACAAGAAGUUUCACUUCUACAAGUUUGUGCUACUGAUAGAGAUCUUGGUGAGAAUGCACAUAUCCUCUACUUCAUCGACCCUCAAAAUGAAUAUUUUUUGGUAAAUGUAUCAACUGGGGAAAUUUCAAACAAACAGCCCGUUGUUCUCCGUAAGUCUGAAUCUGUAAAUUUUGCGUUUACAGUUGUGGCGUCUGACUGCGGCAGUGUUCCUUUGAACAGCUCUAGCAUUGUUUCAGUGACAAUAGUACAACAUAAUAAUUUCCCACCCUCGUUUUUACCCUUCAGGACUUUCGUACCAGUCCCUUUAACCUUGGUUGUGGGAACAGAAGUGAUCCAGAUAUCUGCAGUAGAUCAAGAUUCUCAUGAAAUGAAUAACAAUGUUGAGUACUUUAAUAGUGGUGGCAAUGGAUCUCUUUAUUUUGAGGUAGAACGUAACAGCGGAAAAGUGCUGUUGAAUAAAACUUUAGCAAAUAGCCUUAACAUCAUCCUAACACUUCAAAUCACUGUGAAAGAUAAAGGCCUCCCUCCACUUUCUGCACAAACUGAAAUCAGUUUUGAAGUCACACAAGAGAACCUGUUCGCACCACAUUUUCUUAACAGCAAAGUUGAGUUUUUUGUUCCAGAAGAUUUGCCCGUUGAUUCAGUUAUUGGAAAGAUCCAAGGCAAAGAUAAAGAUUUCGGCGUCAAUGGUGUUAUUUCCUAUUCUUUUGAUGGUGGGAAUGAAAAUGGAUUGUUUUCCAUUGGACACUCGUCAGGAUUGAUCAUGCUUGUUAAAGCGCUUGACUUUGAGGAAUCAGAAACUUACCAUCUAAACGUCAUUGCCAAGGAUGGAGGCUGGCAUCCUAAGAUGGGGAGACUCAAUAUCACAGUAUAUGUUACAGAUUUAAACGAUAACCCUCCUAUAUUUACGUCUAGAGAUUACUUUGCCACUGUUUCAGAAAAUGCUUUAAUUGGUACCUCAGUUUUUCAGUUUUGGGCAAAGGACGCUGACACAGGAAUUCACUCUCAAAUCACGUAUUCGCUUAUUGCAGGAGACAUCCAUCUCUUCUAUUUGGACACUAAAAAUGGCACUAUCACCACUUCAGAGAUAUUUGACUAUGAGAAAAAUCAGCAUUUUGAACUUACAGUCAAGGCCACCAACAUUGGCUUUCCAUAUUUGUUUUCUGUUGCCCAUAUAUACAUCCAGGUCGCUGGCCUCAAUGAAUUCAUCCCUGCUUUUCAAAGACAUCUAUACAACUUCUCUGUGUCAGAGGCUUUGCUGCCAAAAACUGAAAUAGGAAGGGUCAUGGCUAUAGACUAUGACUUGGGGCCUGAUGGAAAAGUGUUUUAUGUACUUGCAGGGCAAAGUAAAAAAUCUAGUUUUAUGGUGGACAAGCACACGGGAAUAAUAUAUAUCUGCAAAGAUUUGAAAAAUCGCCAUCAAAAUGAAGACAUCCUACGAGUGUUGGCAAAAAACAGAGGCGCCAUUACUGGAUUUAAUGUUGAUGAGGCAUUAAUACAUCUACACAUAUUAGAUGAAAACGAUCCACCUGAGUUUGAGUCAAUGCUCUACACUGUAGCGGUGCCGGAGGACAUCUCGAUUGGGACCUCCAUAACUAAAGUCAAAGCUGUGGACCAGGAUGUUAUCACAGAAUGGAGCAGGUUCUCUUAUAGAAUUGAACAUGGAAAUAUCAAUAGUUCCUUCAUUAUAGAUCCGGCCAGUGGCGUCAUUUUAGUUAACAGUCACUUGGAUAGAGAGAUGUGGGCCAUCUACAACCUGACGGUCAUUGCUAUUGAUGAGGGCUCACCUGCUGUAACUGGAAGCACAAAGGUAGCUAUCACCAUCACUGAUGUCAAUGACAAUUCUCCCAAAUUGCUGAACACAGAAGGCUUUGUCCGAGAAAACCAACCUGCUGGCACUCUCGUCUCUACUUUAGCUGCAACAGAUGAUGAUCUUCCUCCAAAUCAAGGUCCUUUCACAUACUGGAUGAUGCGACCUGCUGAGGGUUUUUCGCUUGCAUCUGAUGGAAUUCUCCUUACCUCAAGACCUUUUGAUCGGGAGCGCAACCCUCUUUUUCACAUACACAUUGUGGUUCAAGAUGCUGGUAAGCCGCCUAUGUCCUCCACCACUUUGUUUAAUAUUAAAGUUCUUGAUGAAAAUGACAAUGCACCACUUCAGAGAAACAUCAAUAUAUUGGUGAAAUAUUAUGGAAGUUCUUUCCCAGGAGGACUAAUCGGAAAUGUGAGACCGACCGAUCAGGACGAACUGGAUGUGUUCAAUUGUACAAUCAAAAACGGGCCACUUAGGAUGUUUAGUUUCCCAUUCGGCAUGUGUAAUUUGUGGUCCUCCCCAUACCAAGGAGAGGCAACAUAUAAUAUUUCUGUUGAAGCAAGUGACCAGCUCCACCCCUCAGUCAACAACAGCAUCUACGUCAAUUACAAAGGCUUUACCAACGUCUCUCUGGACAACUGUGUGUUGUUCUACGUUUCUAUAUCUACUCUUGAGGAAUUUCUGUCUUUGAAGUAUUUAAAAUUUGUCAAAGCAUUGGAUAGCCUCUUCAACCUACAAGCAUCCAAAACGCAUGUGUUUGGAAUGAAGUUGCAAGGAGAUAAAAUGCUGCUUUUGGCUGCUGUGAAAAGCUACAAUGGUCAGUAUCUAACUGGAGAGGCAGCAAGCGGAAUAUCAAACAUGCAUAAAAAGUUACUGGAAGUGCAAAGCAAUGUGACUAUAUCCCAAAUAACCAGCGACCCCUGUAUGCUCCGUCCCUGCCAUAAUGGUGCCACCUGCAACAGAAACAUUCACAUCAGUCAGGAAGUUGCUGUGUUGGAAAGCUCUAGUCUUAUAUUCGUUUCACCCUAUUUUGUGGAGAUCUUUAACUGCUCUUGUCCAACAGGCUUUACAGGUGAUGCGUGUGAACUAGACUUUGAUGAAUGCACCAAGGAACCUUGUGAAAAUGGGGGAAACUGCUUUAACAAUCCAGGAACUUAUUUUUGUCAAUGCAAAGAGGGGUUCUCAGGACCGCACUGCAAUACAGUUGAUAAUGAAUGUCAAACAGUAAUAUGUUUAAAUGGAGGAACCUGUUGGAACAGACAGGGAGGGUUCAUAUGUGAUUGCAGCCCAGGGUAUGAAGGAAGAUUUUGCGAUCGUAUUGUUGACCACUGUGCUUCCUCCCCUUGUAUUUUUGGCAACUGCUUUAGUUUUUUAACUGGUUACUCUUGCCAGUGUCCAUUUGGUGUGAGCGGAAUCAAUUGUGAAGAACACAGUUAUGGCUUUCAGGAACUUUCUUUUAUAGAAUUUCCUCCAUUGGAUCCACAAUAUAACUUCAUUUAUCUGGAAUUUGCGACUGUGCAGCAAAACGCGUUGCUUUUGUACAACCAAGGGGACCCAUCAACUUCAGACUUCAUGGCCCUUGAAAUUGUGAGUGGAAGGCUGUGGCUGUCUUAUGAUCUUGGAUCUGGAGUGAUAAGAUUGGAAACAGGAAAGAUAGUGGCUGAUGGAAGUUUUCACAACAUCACCGCAAGAAGAACUGGAAAUAUAGCCUCUCUAGAAAUAGACAACUGCUCGGCCAAUGAACCGCAAGGGUUUUGCUUAUCGCAGAAUGGUGGCACUGGAACCCAAAGGACUCUAGAAGUGAGCUCAAAUAACAUGACAUUUGGUGGUGUGAAGUCCAUUGAUGUCAUUUUGCAAAGGCAAAUCAGGACUCACGACUUUGUUGGCUGUAUGAGAAACAUUCAAGUGAACAACAUUGGUCCAGAUUCCUUAAAAUCUCUGGCAUCCCAGAAUGUUCUUGAUCGAUGUCCGCGAGCAAAUAUUCCUCCCUGUGAAACCGCAGAGUGUUUGAAUGAAGGAGUUUGUCAAGACCGAUGGUCUCACCACCACUGCCAGUGUAGAGACCAUUUCACAGGAUCCAACUGUGCCAUGAAUUUGGCUGAGCAGCAUGUUUUGUUUCUCAACGGAGAGGCCUACAUUGAGUUUGACGUCAAAGAAAGCUACAGAAGAAAUCAGCUUCUACAAGCCAUUCUGUAUGGGAAGGAAGGUGACUCUCAGGGGUUUGAAAGUGUUGAAAUCAAGAUGAGGACUGUCAGAAGAAAUGCUGUUUUGCUUGUGUGCUGGUGUCAAACAGCACAUCUAAAACUUAAGAUAUCAGAUGGAAAACCUCAAUAUGUGUUCAGCAAUGUCACAUCUGGUCAGCAGCUGGAGCUCUCAACGGAGGGAGAUGUGUCAGAUGGAAAGUGGCAUGUUCUUCAGCUACGCAGAAAGGGUGCAUACAUAUCUCUGCUUGUGGAUGAACGGCAUGUUUUCAACACCACCAAUGGUACCAUAACUCACUCUGCUUUCUUAGUGGAGACCAUUUUUCUGGGCACUGCUUCACUGGGAGAACACAGAGGUUUCCCAGAGACGAUCCAGGACUUAGGUUUUAGAGGGUGUGUGGAAUACAUCAAAUUCAACGGGCAUCUCCUGUCCUUCAGCGGCUAUAAUGAGAUAGUCCAGGCCAGCUCCAACCCAUCUGUCUUCCAAACCUUCUGCGUUUCUACAAACCGCUGUGUUCUGACUCCAUGCCUCAAGGAUUCGUGUCUAUCUGAGCCCUGCUGGAACGAUAGUGACUGUGGAUCUUCUUCCAAAGAAGACUACUGGUGCAUUUGUCUGCACAACGUGUCCGGGUCUCCGUGUGGAUCCUGUUCAUCUGAUGUCAUCCACAGCGAGCCCUGUUCUCAAACUCAAAACAGCGUCCCCUUAUGGAUAGUGGCCAUCGUUCUUCCCAUCAUCCUCAUUCUGCUGAUUCUGGUGCUAUGUAUUUUCCUCAGGAGACAAGGAAAACUUUGUGAGGGUGAAAAGAGGAGUCAUGUCUACCUCAUGCCACCAAGCAAACAGCACGGAACAGAUAACCUGGCAUUUAGUUUAGGUCCUGCUGAUGAGUCUCAUCAGAACGUCUCAAAUGGGGCCAGCAAACAACCGGAUUUGACAAAACCAAAGGAUUUAAUGCAAGGAGUGGAAAGUUGUAUUGAAAAUGGGCCUUCUUGUCAUGUCUCGGGUUUUGGAGGGAGUGAACUAGAGUACUACGAGAUUGACAGCACAUACUCAGACUUGAAGAACACAGAGAUGAAGAAGGAGGAUGAACGUGGAGAUCAGGCAAAUGGCAAUCCAAAAUUUUCUCAACCUCAAACUAAUCAUGAUCCAUCUCCUAAACUUCAUCAGAAAAUAUCUAGAGGUGAUUUUAACCAGUUGCAACGUCAGUCCCACCUGUUCUUCAAGAGAAAAUUGGCUCCUGAUCUGACAGGCCCUCCACAGCAUCUCUCAGUAGAUGAGGUUGAGAAGCUGAACACCCCAUGGGACCACAAGGGAUACCCUCAUCACAAUUUCAGAGAGUGUCCCAUAAAGCCAUGUAGAAGCGGGGCGACAGAGACGUCAUCAGAGAGUGAAAGUCACUGCUCCUUCACCGGCUCAGAGUUUGACUGUGAGCGAGAACUGUCCCUUGUCAGCUCACAUGACAAAGAUGAACAUCCACCUGAAGCUGCAGAGUUGUCCAGAGGACAGUUUAUACUAAUGGCCCCUUCACCCUUCAGAGGCAUGGUUACAUCCCCCUCCGUCCACAGUCUCCCCAACACCUCUGUCUCCGGCAGGAUCAAUCAGCUAGAGAAUCUCCUAAAUCUAGGUGUUCACUUUAGCACCUAUGCAGAUGUGUUCGAGGACAUAGCCCGCUUACCGACUAUUCAGCCAGCUGAUUGUGAUUUUCAAAGUGAUCAAGAGGAAAUCAUAUGAAAGUAUGUUAAAACAACAUUCACAACAUCCUUUAUUAUUUAGUCAGUACUUGUACGUACUUUAUAUACUUGACCAGAAAUACUGGUGAAUCAUUUAUUCAUUAAGAAAUAUAAUUAUAAAACUGUAAAUAUAUUAUUUAAACUUAUUGUAAUUUACCAAUAGUGACUGAAUUAUGAAUAUUGCUUUUAUCUCGUGUAUAAACACGGACGUUGCUGGGCUUAUUUUAAAGGGGCUUCACUUUUAGCCAAACUUGACCAAAAAUAACAUUAUGUUGAUAUGUUUUACCCGUAGUUGCUCUAAAAAAUAUAUUAAUGAACUGUUUUGUGGGCUUUAAAAUCUCCUUGAGAAUUCCCCCCUAAAACAGGCUUAAUAUCACAGUGUUUGAGGAGCUUAAUGAUCUUGUCCCAUUAGUGCCAUCUGUUGUCAUAUCUCUAACAUUACAUCUGCCUGUGGAAUCCUUGAUUCUGAUUGGUCAAUCGCGCCAUCCAGCAGAAUGUUAUUCCCAGAUAACAACCGCUCAUCAACACAGGCUCAUCCGGGUCACUGAAGUCAGCAGUGCUAUACACCUGCUAGGAACAGAUUUGCGUUUGGUGAGCUAAUAAAAUAUUAAAACUCAGUCAAAUCAAUAUUUUGUGUACAGUUAUGUAAAACUGCAGUCCAUAUCUUUUUUGGGUUAAAAAUGAUCCGAAAUACAUAUUUGAUAAUACACAUAACCAGGAAGUGUUCAAAACUAUCUGCUUGCCUUUGCUCGAUUCAAAGUGGUAAGCUUGUAAUGAUGUUUUUAAAGGGUUAGUUCACCCAAAAAUGAAAAUUAAGUCAUUAAUUACUCACCCCCAUGCUGUACCAACCCC